AUGGUUCUACUGACACGUGGUCUAACCUCACCCAUUGAAAGAAAUGAAUCUUCAGUGUCACCUUCUGAAGUCAAUCAAGAUGGCAGAAACUCUGUUUUGCCAGCUGUAAACUCCCAGUCUAUUAUUGACGACAAAAAUUCAACAAAAGAACAAGAAUCUGGGUCUCCAACUGGUGACUACUCUGGUACCGAUUCAGGUGACGAUUUCAAGCCCUCAUCUAGUUCGUCUUCAUCCUCAAAUAGUUCCUCCAGUUCAAGUAGUUCACCUAGUGAUAGUAGCUCUGAGAAUGAAGCUGUUGAUAACCAAGAGCCAACAUCAUCAAAAAAAGGGACCACUCGAAAUUGCAAGUCGGCGUAUCAAUACGAAUCGUCGGUACCCAAGACAAGGCCGAAGAAAGACUUAUGUGAUCAAUGCGUUGCAUAUGAAAAUGCACCAGCUCAAGAAAAAGAAAAAUUGUACGCCAGCUACAAGGUUCACCAAGAAGAAAAGAGCUUGAGUAGAAUUGAAAAAGAUAGGGACAUGAAAGAAUGUCAAGAUCCUCAAAGUACUAACAUCACUGAAACAUGGAAAGAGGCCAAAGCUAUAUUAGAACCGAAUAGAAAUAACUUACGUCGAGGUCGAGGCAACGUCACAAGCAUCAACGAGAUCCUGAUGAAACCAGCGUAUACCUCGAAGAUUGCUGUUACAGAACGCAAGAAGCGCGACUUGUUGAGUUUGGUAGAGACAAACAUAGUACCAAGAUACUAUGAACAGUUCUAUAGAGAUCUCAUUUAA